AAUAUGUCAUUUCGCGUCUGGCAACCUCACGUCGGCCUCCGUAGACCUUCGCGGAAGUAAGAGAUAUCCACCAUGUUUAGUUUUGUUAGCGAGACUUGCUAAUGUUGACGUUGUUUUAAGUAGUGCGACUAGAGAUAUGGACGAUGAAUGGGAAGAGGAGGAGCAGCUUGUUGUUGUGGAGCUCUCCGGAGUGAUAAAUAACGAUAUUAUGUCCAAACCUGGGGCUACUUGCAAGAUACUGGAUAUAGACAGUGAGCAGCCUAUGAUGCAACUGGGCCAGAAUGUGUUUGCAGGACAAUAUGAAGAUGCUCUUGGAACAUGUGUUCUAUUUGAGGAGGGGCCAGGCUCAGGAACCUCCGGCAGUGGACCGGCGCUCAAGUACAAGUGUCACACUGUUAAGAAACUGAUGAUGCAACGAGUUUUCCUCAGUGACAAAAAGGAAAAUGGAGCAGACUCAGCAGCAGGCGGUGAAGGUGACAAGCAGGGAGACACCGUCUGCCAGUCUGAUCUAGAAACUAAAGAAGACUCUGCAAAAGGAUGACAACGUGGUCACAUGGAGCAAAAGGCGGUUCCAUUCUUUCAACUGUGUUGCAGUUCAUCUGGGACAUUAUAUGCACCAACAAAUUCUAGUUGUUACACAUCCCUUUUUUCUGUGUUUGAAAGAAGGGUGAAACAUACCAACCUCGAUGCUAAACUAUGUAUCCCUUGAUUGAAUGACUGAUAACAUGCUUGGUGACAUCAUCGACAAAGUAUUUCAGUGUACAUUCAAGAUGUGAGGCAUGGAGCCUUUUUAGAGCACCACAAACAGUGAUGGUCAUGAUAAACGAAGAUGUGUUGCAGCCUCUAAUUCAGUUUUACAAUUUUUUUUGAGCCAAGACACAUUUUUUUAAGUGAAAAAAUGCAGAGGCACACCACCAGCGGAAUUUAUUAAAAACAGAAAAGCAGCAGCCAAUAUUGACAGUAAAAAGUUGUUGUCACAAUUGUUGGAUAUGACUUUAAAGUAAAACCAAGCAUGCAUCACUAUAGCUCUUGUCUCAAAGUAGGUGUACUGUCACCACUUGUCACAUCACACCCUAACUUAGUUGGAGCUUUUUGCUCUUUUUAUGUGUGUAGUGUUAUAGUUCUUGUCUUGCGCUCCUAUUUUGGUGUUUUUUUCAUCUUUUUUUGGUCUUUUCCUGUAGCAGUUUCAUGUCUUCCUAGACCGCGAUUCCCCACACCUGCUUUGUUUUAGCAAUCAAGAAUAUUUCAGUUGUUUUUAUCCUUCUUUGUGUGGACAUUGUUGAUUGCCAUGUCAUGUUUGGAUGUACUUUGUGGACGCCGUUUUUGCUCCACAGUAAGUCUUUGCUGUCGUCCAGCAUUCUGUUUUUGUUUACUUCGCAGCCAGUUCAGUUUUAGUUUCAUUUUGCAUUGCCUUCCCUAAGGUUCAAUGCCUUUUCUUAGGGACACUCACCUUUUGUUUAUUUGUGGUUUAAGCAUUAGACACCUUUUUACCUUCACGCUGCCUCCCGCUGUUUCCGACAUCUACAAAGCAAUUAGCUACCUGCUGCCACCUACUGAUAUGGAAGAGUAUUACACGGUUACUCUGCAGAGCUCGAGACCAGUGUUUUUCAACCUUUUUUGAGUUGAGCCAAGGCGCAUUUUUUUCAUUGAAAAAAUGUGGAGACACCACCAGCAGAAAUCAUUAAAAACUGAAACUCAGCAGCCGAUAUUGACAAUAAAAAGUAAUUGUCGCAA